AUGCAGAUCUCAGACAAAACCCUCCAGGUGCUCAUAAUCCUCGCCGUGGUCUCCUUGGGUGGAUGCAUACUUGGCAGUAUCAUUUCAGCCAUAGCAUCUUGCAUGGGCUUCGAGUUCAAGUUCUGUGCGGGCCACGAUUCCGCCGAUGAUGACGCGGAGCUCGGGCGCGCCGAGGAGGGGCGGGCGGGGCGGCAGCACGACUCGGAUUCCAAACUUGAAAACGACUCGGAUGCGAUGAGCAUGAGCCGCUUCAGCUCGCGCGAUUCUGCCAGGCCAUCGACCGAAAACAACUCGCCGACGUCCAUGAUGAGUAGUAGCGCCCCCUGGGGACCCACACCACAUUGA